AAAUUAAAUGCACGUUAUUAAUCGAAAAGUGUCAUUCCAGUCCGCUAGAUGGCAGUAAAACAAAGGAUAAUUUGUUAUGUCUUCAGUUAGACGGAAACCAGUCGACGCAGAGAAGCAAACAUGUCUGAGUAUGUGUCUGUCCAGAAAGGCGCUUUAAAGCUAAAAGGAGUCUCGUUGGCAAGUAAAAAAAAGAAGAAGAAGGAGCAGGAAAGGAAACAUUUAGAGCAGCAGGUGUUGACCACUCAAAAUGAAGAGGGAACUAAGAAAGGAUAUGUUGACAAGAGAACACCAGCUCAGAUGGCAUUUGACAAAUUACAAGAGAAAAGGCAAAUGGAGAGAAUUUUGAAGAAGGCCUCCAAAACACACAAGAGAAGAGUUGAGGAUUUCAACAGACAUCUGGACAAAUUAACGGAGCAUUAUGACAUUCCCAAAGUCAGCUGGACAAAAUAAAAAACAUCUAUGGAUCUGACUGCAGGCAGAAUAAAAGUAGCUGCCACUGUUGCCAUGUAUGCUUUUUUGAUAUAUAUAUAUAUAUAUAUAUAUAUAUAUUUUUUUUUUUGCUUUCUCACAAUGUAGUAAUGUGGCAUCAAUGUUUUAAUGUGAUGCUGUUCUUUGUGAUGCUCAGUAGAUUUCUUUCUUUUGAGUGUGUAGAAAAUCUUUCACAUUGACUGGAAGCUUUUGAUUGACUUUUUCACAUUUUCCUCAGUAAGCUUGAAAAAGUGAUUGUUAGUUAUUCUGUAGUAUCUUUUUCAGGGUUAAUUUUUUCUUCUUUAAACGAUUUGUAAAAUUCAUGUAAGACAAAAUUUACAUUGGUGUUUAUGGAAUGUUAUUUUGGUGCAUGUUUUGCAUUGAUUGAGUUGUGUAACUAAUUGAUUCUGUUUUUAAGAGCUCUGUUACAAAUAUACAUCUAAAGUUU